AUGAUCACUCGUCAAUUGUUUAAUGUUUCAAAAGUAUUGUCUUUUUCACCCAAGAGCAAAUUACAAUGUCGUAGCUAUGCUCAAGUUAUUUCUAAUGAAAUUAGUAAAAAAAAAGUGGCAAUGUCAAAUUUUGAACCUAAUAGAUAUAUUAAUUAUCAAAGAAUGCAGGAUCAUUUAGCCAUUGUUAAAAACCGACUUAAUCGACCAUUGACACUUUCUGAAAAGGUUCUUUACGGUCAUUUGGAAGAUCCACAAAAUCAAGAAAUAAUUAGGGGAGAAAGUUAUCUUAGAUUACGACCAGAUCGAGUUGCAUGCCAAGAUGCUACAGCACAAACAGUUCUUCUUUCAUUUAUGUCGGCAGGUAUUCCGGAAGUAGCAGUCCCAACAACCGUUCAUUGUGACCAUUUGAUCGAAGCACAGGUGGGGAGUGAAAAGGAUUUGGCAAAAGCAAUAGAAGACAAUUCAGAAGUUUUUGAUUUUAUGGCUACGGCUUCAUCAAAAUAUAAUGUUGGAUUUUGGAAACCAGGCUCUGGUAUCAUUCAUCAAAUUAUUUUAGAAAAUUAUGCUUUUCCUGGUGGUGUAAUAAUUGGUACAGAUUCUCAUACACCAAAUGCUGGUGGCUUGGGUAUGAUAGCUAUUGGAGUUGGCGGAGCAGAUGCUGUUGAUGUUAUAGCAGAUAUUCCAUGGGAAUUGAGAUGUCCAAAUGUUAUUGGUAUUAAACUAACUGGUAAAAUAGGUGGUUGGACAACUCCUAAAGAUGUUAUACUUAAGAUAGCUGGUCUUUUAGGCGUGAGAGGAGGUACAGGAGCAAUUGUAGAAUAUUUUGGGCCGGGCAUUGAAUCAUUAUCUUGUACUGGAAUGGCAACUAUAUGUAAUAUGGGAGCAGAAAUUGGAGCCACAACGUCAAUUUUUCCGUUUAAUAGACGUAUGAGCGAAUAUCUUUGUGCCACUAAACGUAGUGAAAUUGCAUCAUACGCAGAAUCAUUUGCUCAUAAUUUACGUGCAGAUGAGGGUGCCAAAUAUGAUCAAGUUAUAGAGCUAAAUUUAUCAGAAUUAGAACCUCACAUAAACGGUCCAUUUACACCAGAUCUUGCCACCCCGCUCAGUAAAUUUAAGGAUGAAGUAGAAAAGAAUAAUUGGCCAUCAGAGUUAAGCGUCGGAUUGAUUGGAUCAUGUACAAAUUCGUCAUAUGAAGAUAUGUCAAGAGCAGCAUCAAUUGCUAAACAAGCACUUGAUCAUGGAGUUAAAGCGAAAUCAAUCUUUACAAUCACACCUGGAUCUGAACAAAUACGAGCCACGAUUUCACGCGAUGGACAAGAAGAAAUAUUCACAAAGGUAGGAGGUGUCGUGUUAGCAAAUGCAUGUGGACCAUGUAUUGGACAAUGGAAGCGACAAGACAUUAAGAAGAAAGGAGAAAAGAAUUCUAUAAUCUCAUCAUAUAAUAGAAAUUUUACAGGAAGGAAUGAUGCCAAUCCAGCCACACAUGCGUUUAUCACCUCGCCAGAUAUCGUAACAGCAAUGGUUUUUGCAGGAAAUCUCAAGUUCAAUCCUGCAAAAGAUAGUUUGAUUGAUGGUGAUGGCAAAGUUUUUAGAUUUCAUGAGCCAAAUGGAAAUGAUUUACCGCCCGGUGGGUAUGAUCCAGGAGUGGACACAUAUCAAGCACCAGCAGCGGAUCGUGAAUCAGUUCAAGUGUUGAUAGAUCCUAAUAGCAGGAGGAUUCAAUUAUUACAACCAUUUGCAAAAUGGGAUGGUAAGGAUCCAGAAGAAUUACCAAUAUUAAUUAAAGUAAAAGGCAAAUGUACAACGGAUCAUAUUUCUAUGGCAGGACCUUGGCUUAAUCUUCGAGGUCAUUUAGACAAUAUUUCUAACAAUAUGUUGAUUGGAGCAGUUAAUUCUGAUAACAAUAAAGUCAAUUCAGUUAAAAAUGUUUUUACUGGUGAAUAUGAUGCUGUACCUAAUGUAGCUAGAUAUUACAAAUCCAAAGGGAUUUCAUGGAUUGUAAUUGGAGAUGAGAAUUAUGGAGAAGGAUCAGCAAGGGAACAUGCAGCACUUGAAGUUCGAUAUUUGGGAGGGGUAGCAGUAGUAGUUAAAUCGUUUGCCAGAAUUCAUGAAACCAAUUUGAAGAGACAAGGAGUUUUACCACUUACGUUUUCAGAUCCUUCAGAUUAUGAUAAAAUGGAUCCAAGUGAUAAAGUGUCAAUUAUAGGACUUACAGAACUCGCACCUAAUAAACCUCUAACACUUAGAGUUUAUAAAAAAAACAAAUCAGAAGUAAAUUUAACAGUUAAUCAUACAUUUAAUGAAAAUCAAAUUCAAUGGGCUUAA